AAGAACUACAACUCCCAGAGGCAUUGCGGCACGGCUAGUUUGCGCCUCGAAGUCCCAGAGGCCUUUGCCGACAACCGGAAACGCGAGAGAGAAAGAGGGGAAGAGGGGGAGGAAAUAAGAUGGAGUUGGUCUCGAUCAAAGAGGAGGCUUCCGAACCAGAACCCGCGUCCGUGAAAGUGGGAGACUCGGAGGAGAUCGAGGUCACGGUAAGCGAAAAAGAGUCCCACCUCUCUGCCGCGGCCUCCCACCGCUGCCCCGAAUGCGGACGGACCUUCGCUCACUCCGGGCACCUCAAAACCCACCGGCGCGUCCACACGGGAGAGAAACCCUAUCGCUGCAGCGAGUGCGGGAAGAUAUUCACCCAGCUGGGGAACCUCAAAGAACACUGGAGAAUCCACACUGGGGAGACCCCUUACCAGUGCCCGGACUGCGAGAAGAGCUUUGCUCACUAUGGGAGCCUGCGAACCCACCGGCGCGUCCACACGGGAGAGAAACCGUACCCCUGCGGGGCGUGCGAGAAGAGCUUCGGACAGCUGGAGCACCUCCGGAACCACCUCCGCGUCCACACAGGAGAGAAACCGUUCCACUGCUCCGACUGCGGGAAGAGUUUCAGCCAGGGGGAGCACCUGAAGAAGCACCGACGCACUCACACGGGGGAGAAGCCGUUCCAGUGUGGGGCGUGCGGGCAGAGCUUCAGCCAGCUGGAGAAUCUGAGGAAGCAUCAGCCCACCCACACCGGGGAGAAGCCUCAUCAGUGUGAGAGGUGCGGGAAGUGUUUCACCAGAGCCGGGACCCUGAGCCAGCACCGGAGACUUCACACAGGAGAGAAGCCGUAUCGCUGCGGCCGCUGCGGGGGAGGGUUCACCUUCUCCAGCCAGCUCAAAGCUCACCACUGCCAGCCGGAAACUGCCACCUAGUAGAGGCAAAAUGUGUUAUGGUGGACCAGCGGUUAGAGACAGGGUCUUGUUACCAGGAGGUUCAAAUCACCCGGCUCAGCCACUGACUCCUUCUGUGUGUGUGUGUGACCCUGAGCAAGUCACUGAACCUCCUUGUGCUCCGUCCUUCGGAUGAGACGUCAAACAAACGAGCUCCUAUUGGAAGUGACUCUGCACCUUACAGAAUGGACUCACUCAGCUUCAUAGAUUCCAAUGAAAGCUGCUGAAUAAUGUUCCCUUGUUAACAUAUUGAAUUCCACCCCCUCUAUAUAGAAUGAACUCCCUCAGCUUCAUAGAGUCCAAUGAAAGCUGCUGAAUAAUGUUCCCUUGUUAACAUAUUGAAUUCCACCCCCUCUAUAUAGAAUGAACUCCCUCAGCUUCAUAGAGUCCAAUGAAAGCUGCUGAAUAAUGUUCCCUUGUUAACAUAUUGAAUUCCACCCCCUCUAUAUAGAAUGAACUCCCUCAGCUUCACAGAGUCCAAUGAAAGCUGCUGAAUAAUGUUCCCUUGUUAACAUAUUGAAUUCCACCCCCUCUAUAUAGAAUGAACUCCCUCAGCUUCACAGAGUCCAAUGAAAGCUGCUGAAUAAUGUUCCCUUGUUAACAUAUUGAAUUCCACACCCUGGGCUUUGUAUAGUUUUCCAUCUAAAUGAACAAAUGUUCCGAAAUCUAACAUGAAAGUCUACUGUAGACUCUUGCGAUAUUAUUACACGAUGUUAAAUAAAAUAUCUGAAUGAUGUGCAUAUAGU